AUGGCCACAGGAGGGCUGGGUGAAGGAGUGGUCCAGCUCCAAAGAGGAGAUCCUGCCAGGGGCCGCCAAGCCUGCAGGGGAUCUGCCAAGCACGCUGAGCAGGAGAGCAGAAAGGCCAACGACGGCAGUUUCUACACCUUUGACGAGUUUGCCCCAAGCCAAGAUAUCUCACAUAUCUCACCUUACUUCAACCAAGUUUUCAGUGCCAAAGCACCCAACCAAAGUGAACCCUGCGGUGCACUGGUCCGCUCCUAG